UCACCUCAGUUCAGUCUGCCUGGAAGAGCGUCGACAUGGACGCGGCUCCCUCCGCUGCCAGACUGAGAAAGCACGACGAAUUCUGCUAAAACUGAGACGGACUUGUUUGUAUGUCAUGGUAUGUGUGAAGUCGCAGCUUUAAAUAACAAGUUCGUACAUUUGGAUUAGUCUAUGUGCCACCAGGGUCUUCCACGCACAGCGUGUAACGUUAGCGGUCCGGACGGGUUUCAUUCUCAGUUCGCGCGCUGAAUCACCGACACACAUGGGUGGGAAUCUCGGGUGCCACCGGUCCAUUCCCAAGGACCCUACGGACUUCUGCCAAGGCAAGCGCAAGUUCAGCGCGGCGUGCAACUUCAGCCACAUCCUAGUGAAUCAGGAGCGGCUGAACAUCAACACCGCCACCGAGGAGGAGCUCAUGACUCUACCGGGCGUAAACCGUGGGGUGGCUCAGAACAUCGUGGAGUAUCGGGACUGCAUCGGCGGAUUCAAGAAAGUAGAGGACCUGGCGCUGGUCAGCGGUGUCGGUGCGACUAAACUAGAGGCUAUAAAACUAGAGAUUUGCGUGUCGAGCAAGAACAGCUCGUCCAAUCACUCGCCCUCGUCCCUGCGCAAAGAGCACGAGCACCUGCCGUGCACCGGCGUCAACAUCAACACGGCCACCCCGCCGCAGCUCAUGAGCGUCCGCGGCAUCACCGAGAAAAUCGCCAAGAACGUUGUAGAGUUCCGUUCCGUUCACGGCCCGUUCAAAAGCAUCGAGGACCUGGUCAAAGUGGCCAACAUCAACUCAUCCCUGCUGGACCGCAUCCGCUUCCAGGUGUUCGUGGAGCGCUCCAGGACACCAUCCACCAACACUAAUGGAGGGUUCACGCACCCGAGUCCCACGUCCUUCAGUGUCCAGAGCGAUGAGCAGGACGUCCCGCUCGGUGGACCUCCGCUCGUCACCUCCGUCCGGCCGUGCGUGGAGCCUCCAGCGGGCACGCGAGAUGGGAAGCCCGUGGUGCGGGUGGCCACCUGGAACCUGCAGCGCUGCUCCAGUGAGAAGGCAAACAACCCGGGGGUGAAAGAGGUGGUCUGUAUGACCCUACUAGAAAACGACAUUAAGCUGCUAGCGGUUCAAGACUUGGCCGAUCGGGAGGCUCUAGACAAGUUUUGUGCAGAGCUGAAUCAGCCCACUCUCUGCAGUGUACGCAGAUGGAAGAGCGCCAGAGGCCUGUGGAAAUGUGCCGUUUCAGAGAAACCCAAUGGAGUGUCCAAUAGCGCUCCUGAGUUCUCUGGUUUUCUAUGGGACUGCUCUUUUGGUAUUGAAAUGAAGGAUUCUGCCAUCUUGGAGAGUUUUACCACUAAUGGUAAUGGGAAUCCUCACCCUCAGCCAUACCUGGGACAUUUUUGUAUUGGAUCAACUGAACUGACGCUGGUCAAUGUGCUCCUAACCGCAGCGCCGUUGCCUACAGAAAACAAAAGGAAAAGCACUAGUGAUGAUCUGAAAGCUCACAAACUAAGCUCUGGUGUCCAGGAGACCCUCAAAGGUGAGCGAGAGCUGCUGGUUUUGGGUCACUUCGGUGUGGCUCCUGACAGCUAUGAGAUGGAGAUUUUGAGGAAAGAGAAACUGUCGGCUCUCCUCGCCCCGUCCGUCUUUACUAAUAUCAGCACCCGAACACCACAGGGGUCCCGAAGUCUGGAUAACAUCUGGGCCAGUCGAUCACUCCGAAAGAGCUACACCGGUCAGUGUUCGGUAGUGCGCGAGGGUCUCACCAACCCCUGGAUACCUGAUAACUGGUCAUGGGGCGGUGUGGCCUCUGAACAUUGUCCUGUAGUUGCCGAGUUCUUCCUGGAUGUCCUGAAGGAGCGCCGGUGCAGCGGGCCUGCAAUGCCAGUGGUGGAGAGAGGGGACUCUAUGUCCAAACAUGAGCGAUGAAUGAAUGAAUGAACACACAUGAAGAGAAGGACUGAGGUGCACCAUGAUUGCCUUUGGUUUGUCUGCUCAAUGUACAGUACACAUUCUAUAGCAACAAACAGUUGAUUUUAAUAUAGAGCAAUAUAAUGAGACUUAUUUAAACUCAGAUUUAUUAAACAUGUAUAUAA